AUGAUUGCCACCGAGUGCCACCCAUGUUCCCGACGGAGGCUGUUCUUCGCGUUCUUUGCCGCCGCCAGCUUGUGGACGACUGUAUCCGCCAGCUCGUCGUAUUCUACGUUCUCUUUCGGGUCUUGCAUCAACAGCUGCCUCGCCUCCAAUGGCUGCAGCGGAUCCAACACCAGCUGCGUCUGCACCGAAGCGGACGAAAAUGACGACUUUCUCAGCGACUCGGUCGUCUGUCUAGCCAAGAACUGUCUGCUGGCGAGCGGCGAGAGCGUAACCGCAGCCAUCGAUGCCGUCGACGUGUCCUUCAUUAGUAUCGUCGAUGACGUGUGCGACCUCGACGGCUUCGAUAUUUCCGAGUCCCAGAUCAGCUCCGCACUGGCGGCAGCGAGCAGCAUCAUCUCCGAGCUGUUCUCGUCCACAGUCACGACAACAGUAACGAAGACAGAACAACAUAAAACGGCCGCACGAACGGCGGACACAACUGCUAGCAGUCAUAGUAGUAGUACCUCCACCAGCACCAGCAGCACUACUACCAGCAAGGCCACCACCAGUCGCAGCAGUGAAACCAGCUCUGCCAUCAGCUCGUCAGCCAGAUUGCCCACCAGCUCGUUCAGAUCUGCCCGCAGCUCAACUGCCGAAACCUACGGGACCUCCGCGACCUCAGCAAUAAUCUCAGAGCCGGACGCAUCCUCGUCAACAGAACCCACGUCAUCCACCGAUACAAUAUCCACGCCGCUGACUACGGCACAGUCGACCACAGGAACAGCAAAGACGACAAGGACAAGCACUAGCACGACCGCCCACAAGACCCCAAAUAACGACCCAUUUGACAAUGCAAAUGCAGCCCUGGGCGGUCGCACACCUUGGCAGACGAUGGCUGUCGCGGCAGUGCCCAUGGUGAUAGCUGCGGGCCUGUGGCUGAGGUGA